AUGGCGAAAAGCUCCCCUGAGCUGAUGAGCGCCAUGGGGUCGACCUCUGGGGGAGACCACGUGGCUGUAUCAUCUCUGGGCGUGCUGACAAACUUUGGCAAGUACGACAGCUUCGAAAUUGUGGAAAACAUUCAGGCGGCGCACGCAUUGUUCAUGUCGGGUAUCAACCUCUCUGUCUGCACCAGUGGAGCCUCUGGGUCCCUGGCCAUGAGUGUGCAAGUGACUAAGAAUGUAGUGCCACGAGCGAGAGAGCUGGCCAAAGCAAUUUCUGCCCACAUCAAGGCCCGGAAGCUCAGUAGCUGCAGAGAAAUGCAAGCCUUCAACAUAGCGAAGCCAGCUCAACUUGAUUAA